AUGGUAAUGCACAGAUCGAGUACGACGUCUUAUUCGGUGGUGUCGGAGUUUGAAGGAACAUUACUGAAAAACAAGGAUUCGUUCUCUUACUUCAUGCUCCUUGCCUUCGAUGCAUCUGGUCUGAUUCGUUUCGCAGUCUUGCUGUUUCUCUGUCCCGUCAUCAAACUUCUUGACGUUUUCGGCUACAAUGACGCCGCUCUCAAGCUCAUGGUCUUCAUAGCCACGGUUGGUCUAAGCCAAGGGGAGAUUGAAGCGGUGGCUAGAACCGUCUUGCCGAAGUUCUACAUGGAUGACAUAAGCAUGGACACGUGGAAGGCUUUCAGCUCGUGUAAGAAGAGGGUCGUGGUGACGAGGAUGCCUCGGGUUAUGGUGGAAAGGUUCGCGAAGGAGCAUCUCAUAGCAGAUUUGGUCAUCGGUACGGAACUGAACGUGAACAGGUUCGGUUUUGUCACCGGCUUUAUACGUGAAGCCGAUAUCGAUCAGUCUAUUUUGAACCGUGUCGCUGAUUUAUUUGUUGACCGAAGACCUCAUCUAGGUCUUGGAAGAACCUCAGUUACGACUUCUACGACUUUCUUAUCGUUAUGUGAGAUUCAUGCAUCGGUUCCGGAGAAGAACGUGAACCAACAGCUAGAGCUGCGGCCGGUUCCUGUGAUUUUUCACGACGGGCGCCUUGUGAAGCGGCCAACACCAGCCACGGCUCUCCUCAUCCUCGUCUGGCUCCCAUUUGGAAUCAUUCUUUCUCCCAUCAGGAUCCUUUCCGGGUUGAUGGUUCCAUUGUGGAUCAGAACUUAUGCCAUGAGACUAUUAGGCUGCCAAAUCAUCGUCAAGGGAAAGCCUCCUCAGCCACGAGGAGCCGGAAACUCUGGCGUUCUCUUUGUAUGUAACCAUAGAACCUUAAUGGACCCGGUUGUAAUAUCCACCGUGCUGGGGCGCAGCGUCAUGGCGGUUGUAUACUCCCUUUCGCGGUUUUGCAACCUCUUUGCUCCGAUUCCCAUCGUUCGAAUACAAAGAAUCCGAGACAUCGAUGCCAAGACGAUCAAACAAGAACUAUCCAAAGGAGACCUAGUGAUUUGCCCCGAGGGAACAACUUGCCGUCAACCGUUUCUGCUAAGAUUUAGCGCGCUUUUCUCGGAGCUAACGGACAUGAUCGUGCCGGUGGCGGUAAACAGUAGAGUUGGACUCUUCCACGCGAACACCGUGAGAGGCUGGAGAUGUAUGGACAUGAUAUUCUUCUUCAUGAACCCGAGACCAUGUUACGAAGUGACGUUCCUGAACAAGCUGCCAAUGGAGGCCACGUGUUUAUCGGGGAAAAGGACACCCUAUGAUGUGGCGAACGAUGUUCAGAAAGUCUUGGCAGAUACGUUAGGGUUCGAGUGCACUAACCUAACGAGGAAAGAUAAGUAUAAAGUUCUCACUGGAAAGGAUGGGACGGUGUCGUAUGUGUCGUUUCAGGACCAAGCUAAGAAGAUCAUUAACACUUUCAAUCCCUUUUCCAACUGAAUAAUGUUAGACUAUACAAUUUCGACGUCAAUAAGCUCACUUUCCAUACUCUCUUCAAUAACUCUGUUUUACGUUUUACAAGUUCAUCCGCAAGUUUGCUAAUUUGAAAGAUCGAAAUAUCGUAUGGUUUUGUAAAAGCCCAAAGGGCUUAAAAUCUAA